AUGCCAGAACCACCUAUGCUUACAGGAGAGGUGAGGACUCGUGUGGAGGACAUCGAGAAGCAGUUCUCAGUGUCAGAGGAGUUCUUGAAGAAGGCAGUGACCUUCUUCAUCGAGUGUGCCGACAAGGGCUUGAAGGUGAAAAACGACCCCGAGGCUUUGUUGAUGAUUCCAACGUUCGUGACUUCGAUCCCAACAGGAAAGGAGAAGGGAGUGUUGUUGGCCAUUGAUUUGGGAGGAACGAACUUCAGAGUUGUGUCGGUGGCGUUGAACGGAGACCACACGUUCGACUUGGUCCAGGCAAAGAACCCUAUCCCUGUUGAUCUCAUGAAGGGAACGAGUGAUGAGCUUUUCCGGUGGAUGGCCGAGAAAAUCCAUGACUUCGUCAAGGAGAACCACUCGAACGCCGUGGAAUCGGGCAACAGGCUCAAGAUGGGAUUCACGUUCAGUUUCCCGAUCGACCAGACGUCUUUGGACUCUGGAACCUUGACCAGAUGGUCGAAGCACUUCAACAUUCCUGAUUGCAUUGGCAAGGAUGUGGUGAAGCUUCUCCAGUACCACUUGGAUGCUCUGAAGGUGCCGGUGGUCGUUUCUGCACUCGCCAACGAUACUGUGGGCACACUAUUGGCCAGAUCGUACACGGGAGCGGACAAGGAGGGAAAGACGAAGAUUGGAUGCAUUUUCGGAACGGGAACAAACGGUGCCUACGAGGAGGACUUGGACAACAUCACGAAGUUGCCACAGAGCAUCAGAAAUGAGCUCAAGGCAAAGGGCGUGAGAAAGAUGGUGAUCAACACGGAGUGGGGCUCGUUCGACAACAAGUUGAGAGUCUUGCCAAACACCAAGUGGGACGAGCAGGUGGACAAGUUGAGUCCAAACCCGGGCUUCCACUUGUUCGAAAAGCGUGUCUCUGGAAUGUUCAUGGGUGAGAUCUUGAGACAGAUCUUGCUCGACUUGUACAGGGAGGGCUUGAUCUUGCAGCAGUACAGAACUGAGGACAAGUUGCCUCACCGUUUGAGAACUGCCUGGGAUUUGGACACCGAGGCCAUGUCGUUGUUUGAGAUUGAUGACUCUACCGACUUGAAGGCCUCCGAGUUGAAACUCGAGCAGAUGCUUCGUCUUCCAACCACCGUUGAGGAGAGAGUUGUCAUCCAGAGGUUGACCAGGGCCAUUGCACACAGAUCUUCCAGUUUGGCAGCUGUUCCUAUCAGUGCCAUCUUGCUCAAGAGCCAUGCUUUGGACGGUCACAACGUUAACGUCGAUGUUGGUGCCGACGGCUCUGUUGUUGAGUUCUAUCCUGGUUUCAGAACCAUGAUGAGAGAUGCCAUUGCCCAGACCCAGCUCGGUCCAAAGGGUGAGAGAAGGUUGCACGUCAACAUUGCCAAGGAUGGUUCCUCUGUUGGUGCUGCCCUUUGUGCUUUGAGCAGCGAGUUCUUAAGCAUGGUUACGAUUGAACGAUCACUUGAUGCCUUAUGCGUUAGUUUUGCUUUUAUUUAG